UAUUAAUAUAGAAUUAUUUUUGAGUUCGCUGUGGACCUGUGAAUAGUUUGAAAUACUUUUAGAAUGAAUGCAACAGAAGAAUAUGAGGAUGAAAUACGAGAAAACUAUGAACGCCUUGCUCAAAUUCCUACUGUGAUAGGUGCUUAUCUUAGAGCUAACGGUAUUGUAAGAAGUACCUGGUCUCAAAGAAGUAUAGCGAGAGGAAAAACUUUUAAAUUUGUUAAAGACAUAUUCGUUUCGAAUCUUAAAAAAGUUGCCGAGAGUCUUCCACUCGAUAUCAGCACCGAGGCCUUGUCAAAAACGUCUUCAUCAGAAAAAUUCAGGGCAGUUAUCAGGAAAAAUGAUAAUAAACAUUACUUAGAGAUAUGGCAAGAUGAUAGUAUUAUUCGAUUUGUAGAUUUCACUACUUUUAACCUUCACGGGCCUGUUUAUACAGAUGGUAAGUAA